UGGCAACGAUACACCCUGGCAGUGUUGGAAUCCCUGGCAGGGAAAUAGUAAACUAAAGCAGCUGGAAAAAUAUCAAUACGUAUUACGCACCGCAGGAAUAACUGGAGACUAGGGACAGUUUCCUCCGAGCCCAAGAUGUCUGAUGAGGAGAUGGAAUUUAGUGAUGAUGACUAUGACGACUACUAUGGGGUGGAGUACGAUGGCGAUGUCGACCACGUUGACCCGGAGAAGAGCGACCCUGAGUACUUUGACUGUGCCUGUCUGACUGACACCGAGGUGGAAAGGCUCCUGAAUGAGUCGGUAGAACAGCUGUCCAAUAGUAUACAAGUAACUCCAGCCCUAGCUAAGGUCCUGCUUCACAUGUCAAACUGGAAUCAGAAGGAAAUCGUCGCAAGUUACCGGCAAGACUGCCACAAGCUUCUAACUGCUGUGCACAUCAAACCGCCGGCGCCACCCGAACAGGAGAACAGCAACAACCAAGGGGAAUCCGCAGGCCAGGCCUCCUGUCCAGUAUGCCUUGCUCCGAUGUCUCCUGAUAUUGCUAGCCACCUCUCUUGUGGUCACACUUUCUGUAACGACUGUUGGAGCAAGCAUUUUGAAGUUCAAAUUACGCAGGGAAUGUCCACAGGUGAGGAUAUUCGAGGGAUUCUUGGUUCCUUGCUUUCCCUGCCUUUCCUGCCUGUUUGUCCGUUUCCUCCUAGUGGCUCAGUAAGCGGGUUAAAGGCAGGAGCAGGUAUUCGGCAUGAAUGUGUGAAUAAGCCAGGCAGGUGGACUGGAUUGCUGAGUAUGGCGAAGAUGUAUGCGAUGAUGUAUCUUCAGCGACUUCGUCAGAAGUGUAGCACAGCAACGUUGACCCAAAAGAAGCGAGUUUUUACGAGGAGACAAUCAGCUGUCAGUGACGCGGCGCUGACUGAGGCCGGUGACAGACAGCAAUGA